AGUUCGCUCUCAACGCUCGCGCGAGAAAGGUUAACGAUACGCAAACGGCCCCGAAAAAACAAAAUUUCAGAAGGAAAACCUUUAAAAAAAAGAAAGAGAAAAGUUAAAUAGAAAGUUAUUUUAAUAAUUUAAUGUGAAAAUAAUAAAAACAAUUGAAAAUAUUUAGAAACAAUUAAAAAGCGGACAUUUUUUGGAUAAAAGUUAAUGACAGUAUUUUUGUUUGUGCCUUAAUGAUUGAGAAAAAAAUUAAAUUUCCAUGAACAAAAUACAUAAAAAACUCUUUAAAAGACUAAUAAAAAAGUGAAAAAAAUUUCAGUGCUUUUUGUUCCUUUUUUGCUCGCUUGCAAAGGAAUCAAGGAGAUUAAAUUCAAAAAGGGGGACAUUUUCCUAUCCGAAAACGAAAUUUAUCAUAAUCAUUGCCGUCAGUUGUUGUAUCAAGUCUAGGAUUUUCUCCAUAGAUGUCAUGGAAAACGUAAUUCUUUUGUGAAAGGAAAAGAAUAUUAACAGGAAGAAGAACUUCACCUUAAUUUCCCCGACUUUGCUAUCAGAAGAAAAAAAAACUCUCACAAUUUUCUCUCGCAAAAUUCGCAUUUGUGUCAGUGACAGUAGAAGAUUACCAUGAGUCGGCUUUGUCUCGGAUGAAAGAAAAAAUUUAUGGGAAAGUAGCAAACUCGUUACAGCAACUGUCUGCUGACUGAAGCCGAAGAGCUUUCUAGUCUGGAAGUUUUCAUAUAUUAUCGCCUGCGUCAAAAUAUCGAUUCAUAUAAAGGGGGUGCGCAUCACAUCUGUACAGAGCAUAGAGACUAGAAAGUCGAGCAAAAUACAGUUCUUGUACUCGACUUUCCAUUCAAUUUUUUUUUCUCACUUUUCGUUUUGUGUCUUGGAAGUAGCGUGAACACUUCCAUAAACUUUAUUCCCGAAAAAGCUGAUUUUUGUGUGUUAAGAAGGACACUUUUUCGAAUAUAGUCGCGGGUCUCCUGAGUGUGUGUAUAUGUUUUGUACAUAUUAUAUGAAAAAUUAUUUUAAAUAAUUCCCCUAGAAAAAAAAAUAAAAGAGGAAACAUUAAGUUUGGACCUCCAAAAAAAUAUUUUAAAAGAAAAGCAAUCAGACUAAAGAAAAACGGGAACUAAAUUUGUGUUUGUCAGUUCAGUGAAAUCUUAAACUCACCAAAAAAAAAAAGAAAGUUCAUUCAGUGUGUUUUUGUGUUCGUUAAAUUCGGUAAGGAAAGGAAAUAUUGGAAAGGCACACACAAAAAAAUAAAAAAAGGAAAGAAAGGAGAAUAAAAAAAAUUUUCAGUAUAGUUUGGUCAGCCUAGCAGCUAGCAGCCGCGCGCACAACUCGCACGGGGGAUUGUCUCUCUCAAAUUCUGAAUGAAUGAUAAAUUUGACGGAUUAGCCCGGAGGUCCUUAUCGAUAUUGCCAUCAAAUUCGCGUUGGUCUUACGUUACAUCAUCAUAUAUUUCGCGUUCGUUGUGUCAAAGUAUUGAUUUUGGUGGUUGUGCAGGACCUAGAUUACAACACGUGUGCAUAAACGAAAAUUACGGCAGUGCUCAAGAUGGCCGACAGCGGAGCAGUAAAGGAAUUACGAAAAAAUAUCGAAAAAAUUCAUUGUUGUCGCGUUAUUGUUGUGGAAAAAAUUGUGAAACAAAGUGUAAAGCCAAUCAUCUCACUGCAAGUGCAAAAUUGUGGAUUGGUGUAUUAAAUCACCAUCGAAAUCGGUGUGUGGUCAGGUACCAUCAAAAAUGGGGCGGCGAUGAUCCCCAUUUUCAAUUCACAGUUGUCUGCUCAAGGGCCUGGCCUGAAAAAGCAAAAAUGCUAGCGCUUACGAAUCGGUCAAUAUGCGGCCAGGACCCAGGUUGGUCGUGAUGGUUGCGCUUGCGUUUAUUUCGGGGGCUCAAAGUAGCACCAACCAGCAACAAAGAGAGAGCAGUAAUAGGGGCAAGUUGUUGAGCAAACGGGACGAAAGUGCAAAAUAUGAAACAUCACAACAAACAUCCACAUCGUUUUUGUCCAAUAUAAAUCCGUGGUUAUCAGCGUGCGAUCUGGCGCAACCAAACACAGCACCGGAUCUCCAGGGUUCAUGUACAGCCGGAACACUGCCAGUGGCAUGGAUUAAUGAAGGCCCAGGGCCACCGAUGCAGUGCCCGCAAUCAUGUCAACAUAAUCAUCGUUAUAAUCAAAAUACAUUAAAAACUUCUAAUGAUAAUAAAAAUACUAAUAAUUAUAAUAAUAAUAAUAAUAAUAAAAUAAACAAGAAUAAUAACAAUAAUUUUAGUAAUAAUAAUAAUAAUAACAUGAAUUAUAAUGAUAUAAAUAUGGAGAACCGGUUAAAAGAAAAUCGACAGUGCCUUGACUAUUUGGGGGGCGAUAAUAAUGAUGAAUAUAGUCCAUCUAAAAUAUGUAAUGUAAAAUCAUCAAGUGAUAUUGAGACCAAAUUGAAAUCGAUACGUUUAAGACAUUGCUGUGAACGUGAUGUUGCGAGUGCAUUACAUAAUGAUGCAUAUAUUGAUGUAUUGAAUGGAGGUGCUGCCUGCAAAAUGCGUCUCAACGAACUUAUUGAAGCUGAUAGCUUGGCAGAGCGUUUAACUUGUGAAUUUAUGGAAAUUUUAGUUAGAUACGAUUGCGUUUCUCGAUAUUCGUUAAUUCAUCGCUGUGGAGAUUGUAAAGAAAUGUAUCGACGAUGGGUUUGCAGUACAUUUAUUCCAUAUUUUGGAACGCAAAAUGAUAUUAAAUCAGAUCCAUUGCCCGAGACAACAACUACAUCUGUACAAUCAACGAAUAACAAUGUUAUGAAUAAUAUCGACAGUAAAGCACAAAAAAUGUUUAUGCAAGAUCGCAUUCUAGAGGACUCCAAUGAAAUAAAGAGGUCAAGAAGAAAAGCUCGCAUGGAACAGAAACGAAUUCGAAUACGACCGUGUAUAAGUGUAUGUCAAAAGGUUGAACAGAUAUGCCCAUAUAUGUUGCCUGCUGAUCGCGCUCCUGCCUAUCCCACUCAGUACGCUGGUGAACCAACGUUCUUUUGCCUCGAUCCCAACAUCGAUGAGACUGGAAAUCAGUUAUAUAAAUCGAAUCAUGGUCCAUCAGAAUGCUGCUACGAGUAUUGCAAACAUGAAGAUGGAUUAUGUUCGAGUAAAUGCGAUCCUAUAUUCAAUAUUAACAAUGAAACUGCCAUCAUAGCCGAUCGCAAUCGUUCAAAUACAUCGAAGCAUCAUACAAACGAGACGAAAUCGGAUCCUUCUAUGAAUCAAACGCCAAAUCUAUUUGUCAAACUAGACAAUGGAACGUAUGUACUAAAUGAUUAUAGUAAUAUGCCUGAUAUGAAGGACAUGCAAUGUAACAUACUCUAUAACAUCACACAAUCAACGCAACAUUGUUCAAUAUCACAAGCGCAAGUUGCUGCUGUCAAAUCUAGCGCAAAUUCUUUUAACUACUAUCCCUCGUCAUCAUCAUCAUCAUCCGUUAUAUCAAUUUUAAUUCAACAUCUAACAACUUAUAAUAAUCUUAUUGAUAAUUAUAAUGAUAAAUAUGAUAAUAAUAAUUAUAACAAAGGAAGUAAUCAUCAUGAUAAUGGUAAUGACAACAACAACAUCAAUAGAAACAACAACAGUUUUACCUAUCAGCACCUAAAUCUAGUCGAAAAAAUUUCAAUCAAAUGCAUUGUCGCACAGCUAAUAAGCCAUUGGACGAAUCUUGUGUGGAAUUUAAUGAAAGUUAUAGCACUACAACUAAUAUUGCUCCAACUUGCCACCGGAUCAUAGUUUUUGAAUGAAACAUACGACAUAUUUUGUACGAAAUAAAUAAUAACGCAUUCGGAGCGAAUUCGAAAUAAAUAAAAUAUAUAACAAAAAAAAGUAAAAAAAAAUUGAAUCGCGCGCGCGCAGACUGCAAUCAUUCGAGCAAACAGCACCAAAAAAGCACCACAUAUACAUGACUAUACGACGACAAGUGGUGGUGAUAUGUUGAACAAAAAAAAAGAAAUGAAAUGAAAUGAAAAAAAUAAUAAUGAUGAAAAAAAAGUGUAUUUGUGUGUGAACAUCAUUAUUCUCAUCAUCGUCAUCAUUUAUGAAUGGUUACGAUGAGGAUGCACAUUAAAAUUGAACAAUUUAUUUUUGUCUCUUUAACACACAUACACACAAAUGUAUUGAGAAUUUCACACAUCUACGAUGAGACAUAAUAUACUUGAAAUGAAAAAAAAAAAUGUUGAAAAAUUUUAAUGAAUGAAGCAAAAAAAACGUGGAAAUUUUUUUCUCACGGAAAUUUUUAUGGACCACGAA